AAUAGCAAAUGGCAAACAGAAUUUGAUUCAUCGUAACCAAAAUUUUAUAAAACCUUAAAUAAAUUAUGCUUCCAACCUGAUAAGUUAUUACCUGUUUCACGUUCUCUCCCUCCUCCAUAAAACAUUAAAGAAAGAGGUCCACGAUACUCAUGGAGUUUUGACGAUCAUCAUGUAAACUAAGUAAACAGCAAUAUGGCCACUGGAGAAAACGGAAUACCUAGAAUCCCGGACAAAAACAAUCCCCGAUUGUGUGCAUCAAAACGAACAAUCUAGGAUGGAUCAGACGAAUUCACUGAAAAAUGAAGAUGUGAAAUAUCCACCAAAUAUACCUGCAGGGCAGAUUUCGAAGGCUUCCAGAACUCCCUUAUCUUCAACUGGAUAUGGAGGAAAUUCAUUGUCCAGCACAAUUGGAAGCACACGACAAAGCACACUCAAUGCAACUGGAGGUAGAUUGCUGUCGAAAUCUCUAGAGGAAAAAGGGAAAACAACAGUCCAUGGUAGGGCAAAUGUAACAACAGAAGAAAAGGUCACCACGAAGAGCGUAUUUUACAAGUUUUCUUCUGUAAUAGAAAAAAGUCUUAAUGAAAGGCAUUCAACAGUAUCAGUCAAGUUUGAAAGAAACAGCGAGAAUGCACUUUGUAUACUGCAAGGAACGCCGGAUGAUGUCAAAAAUGCUAAAAUAACCCUUCAAGAUAUGGAAAAGAUGCUUUAUGAAACAAAAGUGAUUUUUUCUACAAAAACAGGCGACGCCCUUAGAGACCUUUCCAUAGAAGAUCUCGUUAGUGAUCUGUUGAAAGGUCAAUAUUCAGCAUGCGUCGCACAGCAGCUGAGAAAUGAAGUCCUCUUGUAUGGAUUUGAUAAAGAAGUCGUAGAAAAUGCAAGGGUGUUUCUUAGUAAGUCGAUAGUACAGUUUGACAUCCUGCUUUGUGGUCAUCUCAGAGAGAACAAAAAACACGUUGUAGACCAUUUUAAGAACAAAUAUCAUAAUAGAAUUAUGGUAUAUGUUGAUAACGUGUGUCGGUUGCAUAUGGUAGGCCAGAAGGGGGCAGUUGAGGAAGCAAGCACUGAGUGUGUAGAUAUUACAAGGGGAAGAAAGUCACUUUCAACGGAGGGUACAUUCUUAAACUUGCACCAGGACGUAACAAAAGUCUUCGGGCCUCUGGAGCCAGCUCAAUUUUGGUUUUUGAAAAGGUCAGUGAAGUUAGCACAGGUGUCAAAUCAUAAUAAAGUGACCGUUUGUCCACAGGAUUUAGAUAACACCAUAACAAUUAAAGGACAGCCAGACAGUGUUUCACGGGCUGCUGAAGAUUUGCGCCUUAUUAAGACUUCUAUCAUUACUGAAAAGAUUGAAAUAUUGAGUCCUAAGUCAAUAGGAUCUUUCACAACGCAUGAAAACGAAAACGAUACUGAGUUCUGCAUGAACAAUUUUGACGUAUUUCUAGAGAAGAAAAGGCAAACUUUUAAUUGCGGAAAACCAAAAGUGAUAAACGAUCUUCACAACGGUUGCAGCUUGUGGUCAACAUUCGAAGGAAAAUUACUAGCUGUCGAAUGUUAUAGUUUUGAAAAUUUGGUAGCAGACGUUAAGUUUAUGCCGUCAAGGAUUGACCAAACUAAAGGUGGAAGGUUUAAAGCUAAAGGAAAUAUUAUCAGAAUAGUUGUUCCUGAUAUGGUCAAGGGUGCUUCAAUGCCAGAGAAUACUAAAGUAGUGGAUGCAAUUUUGAAACGAGCUUUGGAGGAAGCUUGUGCUGAUUACACCGUUAAGUCAGCUGCAUUUCUUAUAUCACCUGUCACAAAUUGGGAUUUUGGCAUCCUGAUGAACUGCAUGGUAGAGAGCUUUGUAGACUGGCUACUGACAAGCUCAAAUAAACAGCCAUAUUCGGUUCUUCUUUGUACGGAAGAACGUGAAGUUUUCUUCAGAACAGAUGAAUGUAUUGGUAAUUGUUUAUGGACUCGGAUAGAAGAUGGCGGUCUUGUAAAUAAACAACCAAAAAUCCAUGUUGUGAAAGGACAUUUGGACAAGGCUAUUGCUGAUGUGAUAGUGAAUACAACAGCUAGGAAUUUGGAUCUUUCCUAUGGCAGCGUAUCUUUAGCACUUCUGAAGGAAGCUGGUCAGGAACUUCAAAACGAAUGUAGGAAAUACCAUCCGAAUGGAAUAAAAUGUGAUGAAAUAGCUGUAACAGAUGGCUAUAAAUUAAACUGCAAGAAAGUAUUUCAUAUCAGUCUCCAGUCCCAGGACAGAUCAACUGAAGGUUUUAUACAAAGUGUACGCAAUGCCAUGUCGCUUUGCUUCAAGGCUGCAUCUGACUACGGUUAUAAGUCUUUAGCUUUUCCUGCCAUGGGAACUGGCUCACUGAGGUAUCCACCUGAAGAAGUUGCUUCUGAAAUGAUAAUGGCUGUUGAGAGGUUCACACGUGAAUAUUCAAAAACGACUUCAAUACGAGAAGUGCAGUUUGUGAUUUUUCCAUCAGAUGCAACUCUGUUUCAGACAUUUCAGAAAAUGGAGAAAAAAUUAGUGAAGAAGCCAGUUCCAGUACACUCUGAAGUUAUAAUCGAGUAUAAUAUAACUGGAUUAAGACAGAAUGUUAAGGACUGUAAAACCUGGCUUACGUCAAAAGUUAAAACCAUUGCGAAAGAUGCGACACCGAUUGCGAAAGAUGAGAGCACCGAUACAGCGUCAGAGAGAUCGGGCACAGACAGAUAUUGUUCUUGGUCGACACAUACCAAGAAAGAGCGAUCAUACACGUGUGGAAACAUUUUCGUGAGAGUGUAUGAGGCAAACAUUCUAGAUGUUCCUGUUGACUGCAUUGUUAAUGCUGCGAAUGGCGACCUUCAGCACAGUGGUGGUGUAGCAAAAGAUAUUGCCGAAGCAGCAGGGUUGUCUCUUACGCAAGAGUGCUCAUUAAUAAUAAAAGAAAAAGGACGUCUUCCUGUUACAUCUGUAGUGAGAACGACCGCUGGGAAUCUUAGCCGUUACAAGUGUGUACUGCAUGCGGUCGGUCCACAUUUUGCAGACUACUCGCCAAUCAUGAAAUCAAACCUCAACAAAUGUGAACAUGAUCUACAUGAAACUAUCCGCACUUGUUUGACUGAGGCAUCAGACAUGAAACUGCAAAGCAUCGCGUUACCUAUGAUAAGCUCUGGCCUUUUCCAUGUUCCAAAAGAAGUAUGUGCAAUUCAGUAUGCAAAAGCACUGAAGGAAUUUAGUUCUACCAGAUCCUCACUUCGGGAAAUUCACUUUGUCGAUAAAAGCCGAGACAUGAUUGACAUUGUGCGCACAACGUUUGAUGCUAUGAUUACGCAUGGAAAACCCGCACCAUUUGAUACAUCCAAGUUUAUCGAACAGACGGGAACUGCUGGUGCGGAUGGAAGCGGUAGAUGGAAAACAUUUAGGAAUACAGCUAGGGAUCGUCCUAAGUCUGUCACCAAAGCUUUAAACAUGAACCCUGACAGAGAUUUUACAGUAAAUGCCGCCUACAAAUCCAACAGCAUGAAGCUUACAUGCAAGUUAGAAGUAGAUACCCAACUUGAAGUUCAAGUAUACGAAAGUGAUAUAGUAAAUCUGAAAGAUAUUGAUGCUGUAGUAUGCAGUGAGGAUAGAGCGGGAAACGCUAAAGGGAUAGUAUCGAGAUUAUUGUUGAAAAAAGGAGGUGAUGAAUACAAGCAGGAGAAAGCCUCCAGGUUUAAAUGUCAGCCGAUUUUUGGUGAAAUCAUCACAACUCCUGGAGGAGGAAACAGUUAUUCUUGGAUUAUGCAUGCGAUAAUUCCACGGAAGGAUCCAAACGCAAUUCCCUUGAUGUAUAGAAAAAUAUUCCAAGAAGUAGAAUCAAAAGGAUAUACAUCUGUUGCCAUACCCUUGCUAGGAACAGGUGUUGGCGACGUAGAUCCAAAACACUGUUCGGAAAUGCUUUUUGGUGAAUUAAUACAGUUUUGCCAAACCAAAGGAAAAAAUGUGUUUACGCUACACAUUGCAAUCAACGAAAAACAAACCGCUGAUAUCGUCAAAGAUGUAUUUAAAAGAAAUAUAGAUGAAAUCAAAAAGAAACCAAUGGCUGAUCGUGAUACGGAACAUCGGGAUUCUCAGCAUUUCGAGGGGAAGACUGCACCAACUGAUAAAGGAACUGCUGAAUUACACGAAAAGGCUGAAGCGAACAGUGACUGUGUUAUAUGCAUGGACACUGUUACAGAUGCGAAGACACUGGAAUGUGGACAUAUGUUUUGUGCAGAAUGCAUAGAAGGAUAUUUCCGAGUAAAGAAGGUAUGCCCGACAUGUGGGAAAGUUUGCGGCACAAUUACAGGGGACCAGCCAGACGGAAUGAUGAUAAUUGGUAAACAGCUAUCGAGUGUCGCAGGAUUCGAAAAAUACAAAAGCAUCGCCAUCACUUACUGCUUCAAUGACGGAACACAAUUGAGUGUCCACCCUCGGCCAGGAGCGCCUUACAAAGGUAUAAGACGUAGUGCAUAUUUACCUGAUAACAAGAAAGGCAGGAGGAUAUGCGCAAUGUUGAAGAUAGCUUUUACGCGGCGAUUGGUGUUCACGAUUGGAACUUCAAGGACCACCGGCAAGGAAUGUGUGAUAACUUGGAAUGAUAUACACCACAAAACAGACAUGAGACCAAAUACACAGUUCGGUUAUCCUGACGAGACAUACCUUCAGAGAGUACGUGAGGAACUAGAAGCCAAGGGUGUUACUCUGCAAGAUGCCGAGACGGAAUUAAUCGAAGAAUUAAAAGAUGAUUAUUUCAAGAAAACCUUUACGACAGACACGAAAUUAUAACUGUUUAUGAAUAUUCAACUGGAAAUAUGUUUUAGGGGUAUAUGUAAAAUACAAGAGCGAGGCCAAGUUCUGUUUUAUCUGCAAGGGUAUUUCCCUGCAUUUCCCUGCAUUACCUGGGACCCGGUUCAUGAAGCUUACUUAGGACAAAGUAAAACUUAGGACUUACGAACAUCAUAUAAAGAAGUUACAAGUUAACUAUUUGGCUUUUGUUAAUAUAUCAGCCAAAGAAAAUUAAGAUAAAUCUGUCUUAAAAUUGAUUUUAUGACACCUUUUUAGAAAAAUACAAGUCAUAAUCUAUAAAAAUUACGUGUGUUAAAAUUCCAUACUUCGGAGAGAAAACAGAAGAGGGUGAAACUCUUGCACUUUUGUGAAACGAUUUUAUGUCAAUAUCCUUAUGCGGUAUACAAAAGCAUAGUUCUACUCCAAUGUUUGAGCGAAAUGUCAAAAAAAGAAUAUGUGCCGUAUGUCUUUAAUACUAUGCAAUAGUCAUAUGAUAUGCUAGCCUCUGUUUCAAGUCCUCGACUUGACAGGUUAUGAAAGUUAUACAUAAGGUAUACUUAGACUCAUUGUUAUUUUUAUGUGAAAUAGAGUAUUGAGAUAACGCAUGUUUUUUUCCUGUUUUAACAUCCUCAGAAUCCCGAGGGAUUGGUUGGUGCCCGAGCGGGGUAGAGCGAGUGUUCCAACGAUUCCCUAUGAAUCCUGAAGAUAUUUUAACAUGAAAUGAACAUGCGCAAACGCUCUUCUAGCAUAAAACGCGUAAAAACUAAUAAAUGAACAUAUUGUCCCUCAGUGUCAUUAAAUUUCCACGACACGGGAACGUCUGCGUUUUUUCCAAUGACGUUAUUUCCUAUCGAAUGAUACGUUUUGGGGCCGUAAGACGUUUUUGCUUUGCCACGGAAUGUGCAUAUAUAAAAAGGUGUUUUAACAGAAUGUGAGCGCGGGAAUCUGUCUGUCAAAACUCGUUAAACACCCCUGAAAAGUGAUAAGAACAGCAAUUUCAUUCUAGAAUUCCACACAAACUAUGAGGGACGUUACGCGUUUCAUCAUUUCUUAUAAACCUACGCUUUCAAAGGAUCUUUGUGUAGGGUUCUCGUCAGGCUAUUAUCGCAUCUUUACACCUAAAUUGCAGUUUAUCUACUAAUUUGGCAUAAACAUUUGCUGUGACAAGGCUACGUGCCUGUUGCAGAAUUAAGACUUGUAGCUCAAAAUUAGGUUUGACAGAUUUUACGUUUAUUUAUUUAUUUUUUUUUUUUUUUUUUUUUUUUUUUGGAAAAUCGUGUUCGGCAAAUUACAUCAGCUUUGUACUUAAGAAAAGGUAUUACGGCUUAAUUAAAAUUAUUGCAUCAAAGAUUUUCAGUUCUUCAAUAUUUUCAUUUGUCUUGACAGCUAACGGUGAAUAAAAUUAAAUCUACGUUGAGAUGAAAUUUGACAAAGGUAAGGUUCAUGUAAAGUGUUUUGAAACUGUCCCUCAUGUGAUUUUUCGUUUCAUGUUUUUACACCACAUAAGCAACAUCUAAUUCAAAUAUUUUAGAUAAACAACGCCCAAAUUCCGUUUCAGCCCUUUAAUGUUUUUGCCAUAUUGGCUUUAUAUUUUGAAGGCAUUCUAAUAUCAGAAUUCUUAUGUUUUUGACUAGCUAAAAUGCGGCUUUCAUUUGUUCUUUGUUUGAGAUGAAAGACAGAAAUGGAUAAGAUUAAGACAAUAAAAGAUUUAUUUUUACUAAUUGUCACCGUCUCAUAAUGCUAAUUGUAACAAAGUUUGUUGAAAUGUCACGUGUAGACUUACUUUUAAAUGGAUUUUUAUUCCCUAUUUUAGCAUUUAUUACAUUUCUGAUUAUUUUUCUUUCUUUUAGAAUUAUUAUUUCUGUUUCAUAUUCUCUUCAUUUUUUUUUCUAUGAAGUUAUUGUGUUGUAAAUUAGCAGCGGCAUAUAUAAUGCAACCAUUUGUAGAUAAUAUAUAUUAGUAUUUUUGUCUAAGACAUAUCUUUUAGUAACCAUAGAAAAAUGUGUCAUUGUUACUCUUUUACUCUUGCGUGGCAUGUAUAUAUUAAGGGGCUUUUUUGUUCAAUCAUAGAACAUAAUUAUCAAUAAAUUUAUUGUUUUUAUUGUUUUUCUCCUCCAA